AUGGCGGGUGUGCCUCAGUUCACUGAUCGUGCCGCAAAGGCACUCGGCGAUGCCGCAAAUCUCGCUGAACAAUAUGCACAUUCACAGAUUCUACCACUCCACCUGGCAGUUUCUCUGUUUGACCCUCCUCCGGACGAAUCAAAGGACCAACAGACGACAGUCAAUGCCUCACAGUCGCACGCUUCGGCUCCACUCUUCAGACAGGUGGUCGAAAGAGCACAUGGCGAUGUCCAAUUACUCGACAGAGCACUCAAGAAAGCCCUGGUGCGGCUUCCGAGUCAAGAUCCUCCGCCCGAACAUGUCACCAUGUCGCCGUCCCUCUCGAAAGUGAUCAGAUCCGCCCAGGAACUGCAAAAGACGCAAAAAGAUACCUACGUGGCCAUUGACCACUUGAUCACAGCCCUAGCGCAAGAUCCGAAGAUUCAAGAAGCCCUGCGGGAGGCAAACGUUCCCAAUACCAAACUCAUCGACUCGGCCAUUCAACAAAUACGUGGCACGAAGCGGGUCGACUCAAAACAAGCCGAUUCAGAGGAGGAGAACGAAAACCUCAAGAAAUUCACCAUUGACAUGACACAACUUGCAAGAGAAGGCAAACUCGAUCCCGUGAUUGGACGAGAGGAAGAGAUCCGCAGAGUGAUUCGAAUUCUGUCCAGAAGAACGAAGAACAACCCCGUCCUCAUUGGCGAGCCUGGUGUCGGCAAAACCACCGUCAUUGAAGGCCUGGCACAGCGGAUCAUCAAUGCCGAUGUGCCUGCCAAUCUUGCCGCCUGCAAGCUUCUCUCGCUGGAUGUGGGAUCUCUUGUUGCUGGCAGCAAGUACCGUGGUGAAUUCGAGGAGAGAAUGAAGGGUGUCCUCAAAGAGAUCGAGGCUUCUAACGAGAUGAUCGUUCUCUUUGUGGAUGAAAUCCAUCUUCUCAUGGGCGCUGGUGCCAGUGGCGAGGGUGGAAUGGACGCCGCGAAUCUGCUCAAACCCAUGCUGGCCCGUGGUCAGCUUCACUGUAUCGGUGCCACCACUCUCGCAGAGUACCGCAAAUACAUUGAAAAAGAUGCUGCCUUCGAACGAAGAUUCCAACAAGUCUUGGUUAAGGAACCUACCGUGCAAGAGACAAUCUCCAUCCUUCGUGGCUUGAAAGAGCGAUACGAGGUCCACCACGGUGUGACCAUUCUAGAUGGCGCCAUUGUCGCGGCCGCUACUCUUGCCGCUCGGUACAUCACAUCGAGGCGUCUACCCGAUUCGGCCGUUGAUCUUAUCGACGAAGCAGCAGCAGACGUCCGUGUCAUUAGAGAAUCUCAACCCGAAGUUCUCGAUAACCUUGAACGACGACUCCGGCAACUCGAGAUCGAGAUUCACGCCCUGCAACGUGAGACAGAUCCAUCGUCGGUUCAGCGUCUGGAAGAGGCCAAGCUUGAAGCCGCAAACGUCAAGGAGGAGCUGGAACCGUUGAAGGAACACUACGAACGUGAGAAGGCUCGCUCCCGAGAAAUCCAGGAGGCCAAGAUCAAAUUGGAACAGCUCAAGAACAAGAGAGACGAAGCAGAGCGUUCCAACGACCUCCAGACUGCUUCAGACUUGACAUACUACGCCAUCCCCGAUGUGGCUGCCAAGAUCCGCGCCCUCGAGAACGCCAGAGCUCAGGCGGAUGCGGAGCAGCAUGCCAGACUGGGUGCGAUGGGUGAGGUUUCACCUACGGACGCAGUUGGACCCGAACAAAUCAACGCCAUCGUCGCCAAGAUGACCGGUAUCCCCAUCACGAGGCUGCGUGCUUCCGAGAAGGAGAAGAUUCUCCACAUGGAACAGCAUCUGCAGCGCAUUGUGGUUGGCCAAAGAGAGGCUGUCCAGUCCGUCUCAAAUGCAAUCCGACUCCAACGUUCUGGCCUGGGCAACCCCAACCAGCCACCAAGCUUUUUGUUCUGCGGUCCUUCUGGUACUGGUAAGACGCUGUUGACCAAGGCGCUUGCCGAGUUCUUGUUCGACGACCCGAAGGCCAUGAUCAGAUUCGACAUGUCAGAAUAUCAGGAACGACAUUCACUGUCGAGAAUGAUUGGUGCACCUCCGGGAUAUGUUGGACACGACGCUGGUGGACAGCUUACCGAGGCGUUGCGACGUCGGCCUUUCUCGAUCUUGUUGUUCGAUGAGGUGGAGAAAGCUGCCAAAGAGGUGCUCACCGUGCUGCUCCAGCUCAUGGACGACGGCAGAAUCACCGAUGGCCAAGGCCGUGUUGUCGACGCUAAGAACUGCAUCGUGGUCAUGACGAGCAAUCUUGGUGCCGAAUAUCUGUCUCGCAACACUGCACCAGAUGGGAAGAUCGACCCAACCACCAAGGAAUUGGUGAUGAACGCUCUGCGGAACUACUUCCUGCCAGAAUUCUUGAACAGAAUCAGCUCAAUAGUCAUCUUCAACCGUCUCACAAGGAGAGAAAUCCGCAAGAUUGUCGAUCUGAGACUAAGCGAGAUCCAAAAGAGACUCGAAAGCAACGACAAGAAGAUCACCAUCAACGCAAGCGAAGAGGUCAAAGACUACCUUGGCGCUGCUGGAUACUCACCUGCGUAUGGCGCCCGUCCUCUGCAGAGGUUGAUCGAGAAGGAGAUUCUCAAUCGCCUGGCUGUGUUGAUCUUGAGAGGCGCCAUCAAAGAUGGAGAGACGGCCAAUGUCGUCUUGGAGGAUGGACGCGUCGUGGUAUUGCCCAACCACACCGACAGUGAGAUGGAAGAGGAUGAAGAUAUGCUUGAUGAUGAGGAUGCCAUGUUGGAGCUGGAGGAUGGAGCCAAUGGAAACAUGGACCUUUACGAGUAA